CCAUAAAUGUGUCAUUUUGCAACAAUUUUUUUUAUCCAGCAAGAGUGUGUAACAAUUGUCUCGCACUGAGUACGAAGUAUAAUGGAAAUAAAUUAAACUGCAAUAAAUUCUAUUUCACUGUUCUUCCCGCAAAAACUGACCUUCCCUUCUCUCUUCUUUCUUCUAUCUUUCCUUUUCCCCCAACUCUGAUGAAGGUCAGAAAGGUCUGUAUGGAUCGCAGAAUGUGACUGCCGACAAUUCUCGCAUCUUCGUCAGAGAUCACCGGAGACAUAUAUGAUGGUCAGAAUCAUUCGUCUGUUCGUUCUUUCAACUUAUUGCUCUAGUUUUCUCGGCGCCUAGGGUUAUCCGGAUUCAAAGAAUUUUAUGAGUUUCCGUCAGUUUGGGAUCAAAGAAUAAAAUUGGCUUGUUAGUAUUUUGAUUGUCGAAGAUUCAUAUCAGUCUCCGAUGGGAGUGAGCUACAUGUCAGUUUCAACCACCUGUACUGCUCUAAGCUUUAUUGGGCUUCAGUGUUGGAUAGGAUGGUCACUUGAUAAAUUAAGUUCUGAUGGGCCCAUUCUUUCAAGUAUUCUCAACUCACGUGAUGCAAGUCCGGCACUUGAGGCAGUUCUGGAUUCGUACACCACUAUUGCGCUGGUGGCGAAUUUUGUCAUUAACACAUUUGUUUUACUGAUUUUGUGUCUCAAGACUAUAUUCUUCGGAGAAUUGCACUCGUCUGAAAGUAGGAAAUUGGCUGAACGCCUCAUCAACUAUAUCAUCUACAAGGGACCUUUCAUCCCCCUGGUCAUUCCAUCAACAGUUUUUCAAGCAGGACUAUGGUCAACAUGGCUGGUUGUCCUUUGUUCUUUAAAGAUGUUUCAAGCAUUAGCCAGGGAUCGCCUUGAACGCUUGAAUGCUUCUCCCAGUGCUACACCUUGGACCUAUUUUCGUGUUUAUUCUAUGCUUCUCCUGGUUUUUUCCUUGGACAUGCUCUGGAUAAAGCUGUGCCUGACCAUAUACAGCACAAUAAGUUCACCAAUAUAUUUAUUGCUGUUCUUUGAACCUCUUAGCAUUGCCUUUGAGACGCUUCAGGCUAUUCUGGUUCAUAGUUUUCAGUUGCUUGAUAUAUGGCUUCACCACUCUUCAGGAAGUAUUGCAAAUAGUCAAACAACUAAGCUAUUUGAUGUUUCUGCUGCAGGUUCAUUCUUGGAAUGGAAAUGCAUUCUUAUUCGAAACUUAGGUUUUUUCCUGGACAUGAUGACAUUGUUGAUGGCCCUUGCGCACUAUGUGCAUAUUUGGUGGCUUCAUGGCAUGUCAUUUCAUCUUAUGGAUGCAAUCCUUUUCCUUAACAUCCGUGCCUUAUUGAGUGCAAUUGUGAAACGAAUAAAAGGAUUUGUUAAAUUGAGAGUAGCAUUGGGUACUCUUCAUGGUGCACUUCCUGACGCAACAUGUGAAGAGCUGCAAGCAUAUGACGAUGAAUGUGCUAUUUGCCGGGAACCAAUGGCCAAGGCUAAGAAGCUCUCUUGCAAUCAUCUCUUCCAUCUUUCCUGCUUGCGAUCUUGGCUGGAUCAAGGUCUAAAUGAAAAUUAUUCGUGCCCUACUUGCCGGAAGCCACUUUUUGUUGGCAGAGCCGAAAAUGAAGUGAAUAGCCAAGCUGCCCAAGUUUCUGGAGAUGAACAGCUUGCACGUCAAAUGAGUCUGGUACUUGACCGGUCAAAUCUUCCUGGUCAUCCCCAUCCUACUGAAGUUUUCCACAAUCACCAACAGAACCCUUUGGAAAACCGUGAAUGGAGAGGGGCUGGUGUGGAUUCAAGUUGGUUGAGUUUGGACGGGGCGAGCUCCUCGACAAGCGUAAGAUCGGGGGGAUUUAGUAGAGUUCAAAUGAUGAUGCGACAUCUUGCAGCCGUGGGAGAGACAUAUGCCCAAACUGCCCUUGAAGAUGCUGCCUGGAGUCUUUUAUCUAUGCAUCAUUCCUCCCAGGCCAGUACAUCCACUUCACCCACCCCACCCGUGAAUCAUGAUAGUGAUAGUAGUUUGCGCUUGAGAACCCCACAUGGGGGCGUAAAUGACAACAAUUUAUCACACUUAAUGGCAAUGGCUGAAACUGUUAGGGAAGUUUUGCCUCAUAUCCCGGAUGAAAUCAUAUUCCAGGAUUUGCAGAGGACAAACUCACCGACUCUUACUGUGAAUAAUCUCCUACUAAUGUGAUCCGAAUCGGUGAUGCUCUUCCUUGAUGACAUAUUUAUUACAUACGUGGAUGAGUAAGGUAGGAUGCAGCUGAGCUGCAUGCCAGGUUCCACACCAUCUGUUGUAAUUUGUUGUAUCUUGAGAUAGAUUAUAUAAUACAUAACUACAUAAGCUUCAUUUUUUGUAUAUAGAUGGAAGCAGUUCUUCAUUUGUUAACCAAACUUCCAGUUAACAUUAUUGGAGAAAUAAUUCCUUAUAGUAAACAACAAACAAAUACAAGCACGAUCGUCUCUGUGCAUGAGCCUGCUUCAUUUUCGUUUUCUGUUUGUUUUUAUAUUGGAUAUACGAUAGUAUUAGAUUUGAUAAUUUGAUCUUAAUAGUUGUACCUUUUCCUGCU